AUGGCGGAGACGGAAAACUUUGAGGAUGACCUCUUUGCUGAUCUAUACGACGACAACGAUGCUUCCGCCGCGCCGCCGCCGCCAACAACGGCGGCAGUACCAGCUCCGGCAGUACAAGCCCCUACUGCUCCUAUCCCCACCCCCACUCCCCAGAACAUUCAACAAUCCGUAGAGGAACCCAGCCAUCACGAGAUCGAUCAGGCACAUAGCGAAAUGGCCUACGGAGCUGAGGAGAACGGCUAUGGUGAAGAAUAUCAAGAUGAGAACUACGAAGAUGAUGAUGAUGUGGAUUUCAACUUAGGCAAUGGCCCGAGUGGUGCCAUCACUGUUGCGCAGCCUCAACAAGAUGAUUCGGUUUCUGCAUACCAUGCUGCUAGAGGUGCUAGUGCUAAGGAGGACGGGAAGAUGUUUAUCGGUGGUCUCAACUGGGAAACAACUGAUCAGUCGCUACGCGAUUAUUUCUCCCAGUUCGGCGAGGUGACAGAAUGUACGGUGAUGAGAGAUGGUGCCACAGGCCGAUCGCGAGGAUUUGGAUUCCUCACCUUCAAAGAUCCUAAGACAGUGAACAUUGUUAUGGUCAAGGAGCACUUCUUAGACGGGAAGAUUAUCGAUCCGAAGCGAGCCAUCCCACGAGAUGAACAAGAGAAAACUAGCAAGAUCUUUGUUGGUGGUGUCAGCCAGGAGACUACCGAGCCGGAAUUCAAAGACUAUUUUGCGCAGUUUGGCCGGGUUGUUGAUGCCACUCUUAUGAUGGACAAAGAUACCGGCCGCCCGAGAGGGUUUGGAUUCGUCACGUUUGAGAGCGAAGCUGGUGUUGACGCUUGCCUCAGUACUCACCUAGAAAUCCACGGUAAGCCCAUCGAGGUCAAGAAGGCGCAGCCGCGAGGCAAUAUGCGCGAGGAAGAGGAGGCCUCGAGACGCGGCAAGUUUAGGAAAACUGGUAUGGAAGAACAGGGUAGUCCCCAGGCCCAGAUGGCCAGCCAGAUGGGCCAAGGAGGCAUGACCCCUCAAGUCAUGGCCCAAUAUAUGCAGCGAAUGCAACAAUACAUCAUGAUGCAACAACAAAUGGUCAUGAACCGAGGCAUGGGCAUGGGGGCCGUAAACCCUGCCAUGAUGCAAAUGAUGCAGAUGCAACAGAUGCAACAACUCCAGCAGCAGAUGGCCCAAGGUGGCGGCCAAAACGGUCAAAGCAGCCCGAUGGCAGGAAUGCCCAAUAUGAACCCGGCUCUAAUGCAGCAGAUGCAACAACAGAUGCAGCAACAGAUGAUGGGCAACGGAGGUGCUGGUCAGGGUCAGGGUCAAGGUGACGCAAGCCCGCAAGGAUUCAACGACUUCAACAAUCAGCAACAGAUGUUUGCUCCGCGUGGCGGCGGAGGUCGACGUGGAGGCCGAGGAGGGUAUAAUCAAGCCUAUAAUAACAACAAUAUGGGCGGCGUGGAUCCGACUUCGUGGGAGGGUAUGUACGACGAUGUGCCUCAGCCCAACUUCAACCAAGGAGGUCGUGGAGGCUUCCACCGAAAUAGGGGUGCUCAUCAACAGAGUCCGACUCCGGUCGAUCCUAACCAUGCUCCUCCGGCCGACGCACCCAAGGGUCCGAAGAAUGCUGGGAAGCCAGGUGCAAACUACCGCGGCGGAGGACGAGGUGGCGGUGGCAGCCGAGGCUUCCAUCCUUAUGGGCGUUAG